CAACAUACCACUAAAGUUGGGUAAAUGGACCGAAUAAAGAUAAAUUAUGAUGUUAUACUCUCUAGGAUCUAAUGGAAAUUAUCAGCUAGGAUUAAAGCAUGAGGAAGAUAUAUCAAAACCAGAGAAGGUGAAUUUUCCGGAACAACCAAAGAGAAUUGCAUGCGGAGGAAAUCACACACUGAUUCUGGAUCAAAAUGGUCACCUUUGGGCUUGUGGAGAUAACAGAAAGUUACAGUGUUGUCAAACGUUUGACGACGUUAUUGUAGAUGAAUUAAUCAACAACCUGAAACCUUUGAAGUCAGAUUAUAUUCAUGAGUUUCAAAUCGCGAACAGAAAACAAUGGUCCAUGGUGGCUGCUGGAUGGGAAUUUAGCGUCUUGGUGGGAAAAGACAGAAGAACUGUUUGGACAUGCGGUGCUGGUCCUCAUGGAGAGCUAGGCCAGGGAGAGGUUGGGGGGUCGUCUUUAACGAAAAUUAUGAUCCCUUACCUUAAUCAAAAUGAAAUUAUACUAGACAUAUCUUCAAGUGUGAAACAUUGGAUCUGUGUUACGAACCAGGGUAACGUUUAUGGCUGUGGAGACGGACGUAAGGGUCAAUUAGGACCAGUGGUUCCAAAGAUGACCAACAAAGUUCAGUUUUUGGCCAAAGUAGAGCAUGCUCAUAAGGUAUGUUGCGGACUUCAGUUUUCUGCCUUCCUCCAAGAAACGGGUCGAGUAAGUAUACUAGGCGGUGAUCGUUGGAAUCUUUCUGAGGAAUGCAUGCGAUGGCAGGAUAAUAAUCCGAAGCUUUCUUCUCUUAUUGUUGAUAUAUCUUCGAAUUGGUCUACACUGUCUUUACUAGAUUCCAAUGGAAGAAUUUAUGCAUUCGGCAGAGGUGAUCGUGCUCAAAAAGCACAUACUGUACAAAAUAACGCGCAAACGAUUGCUGGAGGUAGCGAACACAAUAUUGUGCAGACAAAAUCAAUGGAAGCAUAUAUUUAUGGAUGGAACGAACAUGGAAACGCAUUUAAUGAAGAUCGUCAAGAUGUUUACCAGGCUAAAAACUUGAGAUUGCCAGGAGCGGUCACUUAUGUAGCAGCAGGCUAUGCAACGACAUGGAUAGCAACAGAAAACGAGUAGGAAGUCUAAAAUAAAACAAAGUCGAGGAUGCAUUGAUAAAUUUAAAGGCUAGAUGAAAGUAUAGCAGGACAGCACAUAAAAUGAAAACGAAAUCCUUUAUUAAUGAUAG